CUUUCUGUUAAAUGUAAACAGGCUUCACCACCCGCCACCUACCACAUGACAAGGUUUCAACAAGGGAAAGUAUAGUUGGGCCGAGAAAGACAACUUCAAAGCUCACAAAGGUCGAAGUUAUUUUAAGAUAUUUUGGAGUUCAUUCAGCAAGUUGCUGAGAUCUAACAAACUGCAACAACUCCUGUCGCCAGUUUACGGUGCAGGAUGUCGAUUGUAAGUGUUUUCCCUUUGGAUACCGUCACCCUGGUUUUGUUUGGGUUUCUGACCAUUAUCCUCCUCGUGUAUUUUAACACCGGGUCUAAAUCUCAUGGAAUCGUCAACUUUCCUCCGGGUCCCGCUCCUCUCCCAGUGAUUGGCAACCUGCACAUGUUGGAUCUGAAGAAGCUGCACAAAUCUUUGAUGGAGCUAUCUGAGAAGUACGGCACAGUUUUCAGCAUCAAGCUAGGACCCAGAAAUGUGGUGGUGCUGACCGGCUAUGAGACAGUGAAGGAUGCACUUGUCAACCAUGCAGAGGAAUUUGGUGAAAGAGCACAUAUCCCAAUAUUUGAAUUCGUUUCAAAGGGAAAUGGUAUUAUUUUUGGUCAUGGGGAGUCAUGGAAGCAAAUGCGAAGGUUCACCUUAACCACGUUACGAGAUUUUGGAAUGGGCAAAAAAUCCAUUGAAGACAAAAUAAUUGAGGAAACCGAUUUUCUGAUAAAAAUGAUUGAUUCUUAUAAAGGCCAACCCUUUAAUCCAACCAUCAAACUGAACUCUGCUGUGGCCAACAUAAUUUGCUCUAUAGUUUUGGGGGACAGAUUUGAUUACGAGGAUGAAACAUUUGUCAGUUUAGUAAAGAGAGUGAACGAAAACUUUCAACUCACUGGUUCGACUAUGGGACAGAUGUACAAUGCAUUUCCCUUCUUGAGAUUCCUUCCUGGAUAUCUCUCUCAAUUAUUCUCCAACUUCGAGCAGAAUAUUGCUUUCUUCAAGAACGUCUUCAAGGAAAACUAUCGGGAACCGAAUGCAAAUGACCUGAGGAGUUUUACUGAGGCGUUCAUGUUGAGACAACAGCAGGAAUCGGACAAUCCCAAUUCAUACUUCCAUGAAAACAACUUAACAUACACCACAACCAACCUGUUUGUUGCAGGGAUGGAGACCACCUCGACCACAAUUCGUUGGGGAAUGCUCCUGAUGAUGAAAUAUCCAGAGAUUCAGAAAAAAGUUCACGAGGAAAUUAUCAGUGUUGUUGGAUCAGAACGAUCUCCCAGAGCUGAAGAUCGGAAAAAUUUGACAUACACUGAUGCAGUGAUCCACGAAAUCCAGAGGUUUGGUGACAUUUUGCCAUUGAACGUCACACAUGAAACCACAGUGGACUUAAACUUCAAAGGAUUCUUCAUUCCAAAGGGAACCCACGUGAUUCCAUUGCUGUCCUCUGUGCUGUACGAUAAAACCCAAUGGGAAAAACCAAAUGAGUUCAACCCGUCUCACUUUCUGGAUGCUGAGGGCAAGUUUGUGAAGAGAGAUGCCUUCAUGCCUUUCUCUGCAGGUCGGAGGGCCUGUGUUGGUGAGACCCUGGCUAAGAUGGAACUGUUCCUGUUCUUUACUGCUCUGAUACAAAAAUUUGAGUUUCAAGUUCCACCGAAUGUCAGUGAAUUGGGGCUCGAGUCUGGUGUGGGAUUUACUUCAUCCCCCAAGUACCCCUAUGUGUGUGCUCGCCUUGAGAAGUUCAAGUCUGCACUAAAGGUGCUAUAUGAAUACAAAUUGUUGACACUGAAAACCUACCAGAGAGCGGCUGAUUUCGCUCCAGAGGCAAUGCUGCUAUCUGAGAAGUACGGCACAGUUUUCAGCAUCAAGUUAGGACCCAGAAAUGUGGUGGUGCUGACCGGCUAUGAGGCAGUGAAGGAUGCACUUGUCAAUCAUGCAGAGGAAUUUAGUGAAAGAGCACGCAUCCCAAUAUUUGAAUUAGUUUCAAAGGGACAUGUGUGCAUAAUGGUGUUACGAAAUGGAACACCUUCCUUCUUUAAUUAUCAGGUUGUCAAUCCUUCCUUGGGUGUGUCCAUAAUGUCUUUGCUGAGCUUCUUUGGUAGUGACACGGUCACCUUAGCCCUUUUCUUACUUUUGACUGGAUUUUGCCUGCUAUACUUGUAUACUGCGUCCAAACCCUCAGCUGCUUUCAAGCUUCCCCCAGGUCCAACUCCUCUACCAUUGAUUGGGAACCUGCACAUUCUGGACCUGAAAAUGCUCUACAAAAGCCUGAUGCAGUUAUCAGACCAGUAUGGCUCUGUGUUUACCAUUCAGCUGGGACUGGAAAAAGUGGUGGUGCUCACAGGGUAUGAAACAGUGAAAGAAGCCCUUGUAGACCAUGCGGACGAAUUUGCAGAGAGAGCAAAGAUCCCAGUGUUGGAAAUGCAGGCGAACGGUUAUGGUAUUUCUUUUGGACAUGGGGAGUCAUGGAAACAGAUGCGAAGAUUCGCUUUAAUGACGCUACGUAAUUUUGGAAUGGGCAAGAAGACAAUUGAAGACAAAAUUACAGAGGAAGCCAAGUUUUUGGUGCAAGAAUUUCAAUCUCACCAAGGCCAGCCUUUUGAUACAACUGUGCCUGUCACCUCUGCCAUGGCCAACAUCAUCUGUUCGAUAGUUUUUGGAGAUCGGUUUGACUACAAGGACAAAAUAUUUCAUACUAUAACAAAGCUGAUACGUGAAAAUUUUAAUCUACUUGGGACAUCCAGAGUCCAGCUGUACAAUGCUUUCCCUUUCCUGGGCUUUCUGCCUGGAACUCACAAGAAGAUCUUUGAAAACAGAACACAGAUGGUUCAGCUCAUCCUGAAUUUCUACAAAGAACAUCAGAAAACAUUGAAUGAGAAUGAUAUAGGGAGUUUAAUUGAUGCGUUCCUGGUAAAGCGGCAAGAGGAAUCAAAGAACCUAGAUUCCUAUUUCCAUGACAACAAUUUGGUGACUUCAGUGACAAACUUGUUUGCAGCUGGGACAGAUACUUCUUCUUCCACACUGCGCUGGGCAAUUCUCUUGCUGAUAAAGUACCCCGAGAUUCAAAGUAAUGUUCAAGAGGAAAUUGAAAGCGUUAUUGGAACAGAGAGAACGCCCAGAAUGGAAGAUCGGAAGAGAAUGCCGUACACUGAUGCAGUCUUGCAUGAGAUUCAAAGAUUUGCUAACAUCAUCCCAAUGAAUAUUCCACAUGCAACAACCAUGGAUACCCACUUCAGAGGAUUUUUUAUUCCAAAGGGAAUGCAAGUGAUUCCAUUGUUAUCCUCCGUAUUAUAUGAUAAAACUCAAUGGGAAAAGCCAAAUGAGUUCAACCCAUCUCACUUUCUGGACGCUGAGGGGAAGUUUGUGAAGAGAGAUGCCUUCAUGCCUUUCUCUGCAGGGCGACGGGUUUGCUUAGGGGAAAGCCUUGCCAAGAUGGAGCUGUUUCUGUUCUUCACGACUCUGAUGCAGAGAUUUUCCUUCCAUGUCCCUCCUGGGGCCCCCUUGGAUCUCACACCAUGUGUCGGCCUUACUUUAUGCCCGAAGCCUCACCAAGUAUGUGCCGUACUCCGUUAA